AGAAAGAAGAACAAAGUAGAAAGGCACUGGAUGUCAGAUGCCAGAGUGAGGGAGGAUAGACACAGUUCUCCUGCAGUUUAAGGAUUUCUCUCCAUCUGUAUCACAUUCAGAAUGAAUAUCCAUCAUGUUCUCUUUUUCUGCUUUUUAUCAGGUUCACUGUGUGAUGAAGACGAUGGUUCUCCAAGGCACAUUCGAGGUACUGAGGGAGAAAGUAUCAGCGUCGGAUUCUCCUUUCCGUUAGUGGAAAUCGGCAGGAAGUUCUUAUGUAGGGCAGAAUGCAAAGAGGAGGAUGUUCUCGUUGAAACGCGUGGGUUUGAAAAGCAGAAAGGCAGGUACGGCCUCAAAUAUGAGAGAAACUCACAGCUGUUGUAUGUGAGCAUCGCACAGCUGAGGAAGUCUGACGCGGGAUGGUACAGGUGUGGAGUGAGAAGACCUUUACUUCCAGAUUCAUAUGAAGAAUUUGAAGUCAGCAUUACAGACUUUCCGAUCACUACCCCUGAAACCAGCAAGGAGUCUGCAAGUACAGUCAGCAGUUACCGUUCGAGUCCUCCUGUCCUCCUGGUGUUGGGUGUGUGUGUACCUGUGGUAGUGGUGGCUGUGCUGUUGGCUGUUGUUCUGCUGUUCCUCCACAAAAAGAAGACGAGGGGAAUCUUGGAGUGCACCAAGACUGAGAACUUUCCUCCGGUCUCCACAUGUGAAGACACCUACCAGAGCCUCGAUCUAACCAGCAGGGAUAAGGACCAAAUCUACUCUACGCUCACACAGACGCAACACAAAUGACACAGCAACAGUUGUCUGGUGAAUGCACACCAAAGCCAUUUUUACCAUUUCUUGACUAUGCCGAUGCCGUGUAUCAAAAUGCAUCCAGAACUAAACUUCUACCCCUCAAUGCGGCGUACAGUAAUCUCUGUAGGUUUUCUCUUGAAUGUUCCUCAUUGUAUAAUUUCUAACUCACUUAAAUGGCGCCCAUGCAAUAUAAAGAGACAUAUUCAUUGGCUGCAACUCAUCUUUAAAUGUCAACUAACCUACAGUUUUCGGUAUUAUUUAUUGGGACAUUCUACACCAGUGGUUGCCAACCUGGGGGUCGGGACCCCAACUAGGUUCGCAAGGGCUUCUUAAAUGUAAUGGGUGUAGGAAAAAUAUAAAGAUACAUACACAGUAGGUUUAUAUCUCAGUGAUUCUAAGAUUUCUAAGAUUUAGAUAAACAGCCUAGUCUGCAUUAGUAAAGUACAGUUAAAAUAACCAAAGUCCGAAUAGAAUUUGUCAGGCAGGACACCGAUUAAGUAUGAAUGAUUGUUAGAUAAUAAAAAAGUAGACGAUACUCAGAGAAUUGUAUUAAAAAAGGUCCCAAAAUUAUCAGGAAAGCUAAUCUCUGAUCAAUAUUCACAGGAAAUAAUCUGCUCAGAAUUCAUCCAAAUCACUCGUUUAACACAAACUUCCUGUCAUUAUUGCUCACUCUUUAUCGCUUUGCAUCAAAUAUAAUAUGAAAUAUCCAUAAAAUAUGCUGCUUAGUCAGGGGUCGUCAGUGUACUGAUAGAAAAGGGAUCCCUUAAGGAAAAAGGUUGGGAACCAUUGAUCUACAUCAUACAGCUCUCCAUUCAUACAGUCGGGAAAGCAAUGGGAAAGACAGAAUUUAUGUUCAUGGCUCUUUCAGAUCUUCAAACAUAUGACCCUUGACAUCCUUUCACAUGUUUAAAAUUGGUUUGUCUUCUUAUCUGCAGAUAAAUUAGAGUUCAGAUGAUGCAAUACCUGUAUAUGAUACACAAGGCCUUUGGAGCUCAUUAUUGUUAGCAGCUUUGAUCAGUUACCAUGUUUUCAACCAAAUAAUAUGUUUCUUAAGUUCUGAAAAAACAGAAUUUCUAUAAAUUGUAUUUCGUGUCAGAAAACACUUUGAUAUCCAUUUCUUUCGAACUGAGUGACAAAACCACUUUUAAAAAAAGCAACAUUUGUAGUUCCCGUUUCUCAUUUCAGAGUAGGAAAUGAAUUGGACGGAGGUUCACAGAUGAAUAAAAACUUCAAUAUCUGG